CAGGACUAAAGAUGGCCGACGGAAAACAGGCAGUCUUACUGCGUCACGUCACUGUAAGGUACAACGUGACCAGAUGUGUGAUUUGGCGCCACAGAAUUCAGGCUUAGGCUGGCGCGCUCAGAGCCGUGCUGUAUAGACAGCUGUCAGGUUUAUAGACGGAUCUACUGUCCGAUACACAGCCACCAUGGCACUGCCAAAACUCAGCGAAGGCUCCAUAGCGAGUAUUUUGCAAGGGGAGACGUCAUUACAUCCCAUUCUGCAAGUCAUUAACAUUCGUCCAAUCAACACUGCUGCUGGUCCUCCUCGCUACCGGUUGCUGAUGAGCGAUGGGUUAAACACACUUUCGUCUUUCAUGUUGGCUACCCAGCUGAAUUCUCUUGUGGAUCAGAAUCUCCUUGCAGCAAACUGUAUCUGUAAGGUCUCCCGGUACAUUGUAAACAACCUUAAAGAUGGAAGACGUGUGGUCAUAGUAAUGGAGCUGGAAGUACUGAAGGGGGCAAACUUGGUUAGUGGGAAGAUUGGAAAUCCUCAACCUUACAAUGAUGGUACGCCAGCAGCAACGCCAGCAGCUUCGGCUCCAGUUCCUGCACCAGCGCCUGUACACAGUAAACCAGUUCAGAACUCAGUUCCUCCUCCUUCCAUGAACAGAGGAAAAUCUAAAUUGUUUGGUGGGGGAAGUAUAGUAAGUACACCUGGUGGAUCUCAAGCAAAGGUGGUGCCAAUUGCCAGUCUAAACCCAUACCAGUCAAAGUGGACUAUACGUGCUCGAGUUACCAACAAAGGUCAAAUUCGUACUUGGAGUAACUCUCGUGGGGAAGGGAAGCUUUUUUCUAUUGAGAUGGUGGAUGAGAGUGGUGAGAUCCGAGCUACCGGUUUCAACGAGCAAGUUGACAAGUUUUUCUCCCUUAUUGAAGUGAAUAAGGUAUAUUACUUCUCAAAAGGAACUUUAAAGAUUGCUAACAAACAGUACACAGCUGUAAAGAACGACUAUGAAAUGACGUUCAAUAGUGAAACUUCUGUUAUCCCGUGUGAUGAUGACUCUGAUGUCCCAACGGUGCAGUUUGAAUUUGUUCCCGUUUCUGAGCUGGAAAACAGAAAUAAGGACACACUACUAGAUGUUAUUGGAAUUUGCAAGAGUUUUGACGAUGUCACCAAGGUGACUAUAAAAUCCAACAACCGUGAAGUCUCCAAGCGAAAUAUUCAUUUAAUGGACACAACGGGCAAGGUGGUAACAACUACUUUGUGGGGUGAAGAUGCAGAUAAAUUUGAUGGCUCCAGACAACCUGUUGUGGCAAUCAAAGGAGCACGGCUGUCAGACUUUGGAGGGCGGUCUUUGUCAGUCUUGUCAUCUAGUACUGUCAUGAUCAAUCCAGAUAUUCCUGAGGCGUUCAAGCUCAGAGGAUGGUUUGAUUCAGAGGGCCAGGUACUAGAAGGUACAUCCAUCUCAGAGUCUCGUGGAAGUGGAGGAGGAGGAAAUACCAACUGGAAGUCCUUGCUGGAGGUGAAGAAUGAGAAUUUGGGCCAUGGUGACAAAGCUGAUUAUUUUACCAGUGUUGCUACUAUUGUGUAUCUUCGGAAGGAGAACUGCCUGUAUCAGGCCUGCCCUUCACAGGACUGCAAUAAGAAGGUCAUAGACCAGCAGAACGGCCUCUAUCGCUGUGAGAAGUGUGACAAGGAAUUUCCCAACUUUAAGUAUCGCCUCAUUCUUUCAGCAAACAUUGCUGACUUUGGGGAGAAUCAGUGGAUUACAUGCUUCCAGGAAGCGGCUGAAUCAAUUAUUGGCCAGAAUGCCAUGUACCUGGGCGAACUCAAGGAAAAGAAUGAACAAGCUUUCGAGGAGGUGUUUCAGAAUGCCAAUUUCCGCUCCUACACCUUUAAAAUUCGGGUGAAGUUGGAAACGUACAACGAUGAAUCUCGUAUCAAAGCCACAGCUAUGGAUGUGAAACCAGUUGAUCACAAGGAAUACUCAAGACGCCUUAUAAUGAACAUCCGGAAACUGGCUGCUCAAGGAGUCUGAGGUAUCGCCUUCAGAGACCUAUCACCUCAAGAAGAGACAGUCUUCCUAUGUGUACAUUGUAAAACUGUAGAAAUAAAGCUGAAGAGUCCCUUCAAGAUGCAGAAAGCCCCGUCAGUCCUGUCACCUUUAUUAUUUGCCAUGGGUUACCCUCCUUCUAAAUUGCUGUUGUUUAUUUCCACAUGCUACAGCUGUUACUAGAACACCUUUGCGGGUUGCACUUGUUUCCAAAACCUAAUACUACUGCAGGUAACCAAGCACUGUGACCUUGGUACUUUCCCCUACAUCUACUGUACAUAUGUUUAAUUAUAACUCAAAUGUUCCUAAGUAAGCUUUCCUCUUUUUAUGCAAAUUCAUAAGAAAGCCUAAUUACAUUAAAACAGGACUUAAUUAGCAUCCUCAGAAGUAAUUGGUUGCUGCUGAGAAGUCAGAUGCCCACCCAGAACCAUGUUUUAACAUACUGAAUAGUUCUAUAAGCCGAUGGCUAAUCGGGGGGCUUCAUCUCCCUGUGUGAAGACCAGGAGCUUAUUGCUGUCGCUGAGCGCCUCUGCUUGCAGUAAGGAGAUGUACCAUACAGUUUGCAAAUGCUUGGAAUGACAAUAUGGAGGAAUUAUUAAUCAAAGACCUAUCUUUUCUAUCUGAAGACUUUCCUUCGGGGUUUAAUAGACUGAGUCAGAUGGUCCUGAUAUUAAUCAAAAUUGUCUCUUCUGAGAAGCUCUGAUAAGCAUUGACUCUCCGGCCCCUGGGGAAAUCUGGCCAACUACAAAGCUUUGCUUUAUUUUUCAUUUAAAUUAAUAUUGUGCUUUCUUACUCUCCUCUUUUUUUUCUGACAGUGUGUAAUUGCAGAAGUUUGCUGUUUGUACAUUCACAGCAUUUCUCAAUGUUUUCAGUUGCUUUGUGUUUCUCUCUUCCCCCCCCUCCCCCUUUUUUGUAAUGGAAUUAAUCAGCACUGUUAUGUAGGAGAAAAUGCUCCUUUUUUAUUUUCAGAGUUCAAUAAAGUUUAGGAUUUUUUUUUU